UCCCAUUCAAUUUUAGUUUCUAUAGCAUGGGGAUAGAGGUGGAGAUGUUUGAAAUUCUUUGUCGAGUGUUAUCCCCCGGAAUUUCUUUCGUGUGGGAAAGAAACUUAGCUGCAACUGAGAUGUUACUGUGGCGGUAGUAUCCUGAGCCAUUCGUGUACCGUUUUACGCAAGUGUUAUCACUAGUCUCCUUGUUUGGGGCACUGCAUGCCUGCCUUUUCUUCGUGAGAGCACCAAAGUUGCUAAUUUUUAGGAAGAGAGAAUUUGUGUGAGGAGUGAAGUUAAAACAUUUUGGCUAGACAAUUCAAACAUCUAACUUCCCUUAUUUAAAUGGUCUUCUCAGUUCCAGGAAAAUAAUAUAGGGUUUAUAGAGGGUUUUUGGUUCUUUAUACAUGCUUGAUUUGGCUUCUCAAUUUUAUUUUUCUUAUAUAUUGCAACCCUUUUUUAGAUAUUCCAUCCGGGGAACUUCUUGGUUUUGGCUGUGUGAAUUUUCUCAUUGUCUUCAAUGGCUUCGUCUUCUGCGCGUAUACUUUCUUCUUGCAUAUCUUCUGCACAUGAGAAAGACCACCCUAUGAGGUCCUCUAUGUUUCAGUCUCCUAAGAGAAAGUUUCAGGGGGCGAGGAGAAAGAAACUCAUUUUGAAACGCAGCUACUGGCGUCGGUGUUGCUUCUGCUAGCAAUUUGAGCUCUUGCCUAGAUUUUGAGCCGUGUGACAACUAUUACAAUUUCGAAGUAAUGUAUGACUCUUUGGCUUUCUUUGGGUCAAAAACCGCGUCGAGGACUGGAAGGCAAAUGCGCAUGAAUGGGGUUGUUCACUCUGGCAAAACAAUCGCUAUGCCUGUGCAAAAUGCAGAGGAAGUCACAACAAAUAAAAAACUUCUAACGAAACAAAGGCGGGUUGUUGUUACGGGAUUGGGUGUGGUAACCCCUCUCGGACAUGAUCCAGAUGUCUUCUACAACAGUCUUCUUGAAGGUAUCAGUGGCAUAAGUAAGAUAGAGACUUUUGACUGCGCGCAAUUUCCGACAAGAAUUGCUGGAGAAAUAAAGAGUUUCUUAACAGACGGAUGGGUCUCACCGAAAAUCGCUAAGAGGGCAGACAAAUUUAUGAUUUACUUGAUCACUGCCGGGAAAAAGGCAUUGGCAGAUAGCGGGGUCACAGAAGAAGUUAACAGAAAUUUAGAUAAAAGUAGAUGUGGAGUCAUAAUUGGCUCUGCACUCGGAGGCAUGAAAGUUUUUAAUGACGGAAUAGAAGCAUUGAGGAUUUCGUACAAGAAGAUGAAUCCAUUCUGUAUACCUUUCUCGACAACUAACAUGGGUUCUGCCAUUCUAGCAAUGGAUUUGGGUUGGAUGGGCCCUAACUACUCAAUAUCUACAGCUUGUGCAACAAGUAACUUUUGUAUGCUGAAUGCUGCGUAUCAUAUUUCGCGAGGUGAAACCGACCUGAUGCUUUGUGGUGGAUCCGAAGCAGCUAUUAUCCCCAUAGGCUUGGGAGGGUUUUCGGCGUGCAAGGCGCUGUCUCAAAGGAAUAGUGAACCGACCAAAGCUUCAUGCCCUUGGGAUAUUAAUCGCGACGGAUUUGUCAUUGGAGAAGGAGCUGGAGUUUUGCUCUUGGAAGAGCUAGAACACGCUAAGAGAAGAGGUGCGAAAAUCUAUGCCGAGUUUCUAGGUGGAAGCUUCACCUGUGACGCGUACCACAUGACUGAGCCUCAUCCUGACGGGACAGGAGUUGCUCUUUGCAUAGAGAAAGCAUUGGCUCAAUCUGGGGUCAACAGAGAAGAUGUGAAUUACAUAAACGCGUAUGCUACGUCAACACCAACGGGUGAUCUGAAAGAAUAUCGAGCUCUAAUCCGAUGUUUUGGAAAUAAUCCAGAGCUAAGAGUGAACUCCACAAAAUCCAUGAUCGGUCACCUCCUGGGAGCCUCAGGUGCUGUGGAAGCUGUUGCAACAAUCAAGGCUAUACAGACGGGAUGCAUCCAUCCGAACAUCAAUCUUGAAAAUCCAGACAAAAGCGUGGACAUGAAUGUGCUUGUCGGCCCAAAGAAGGAGAAGUUGGACAUAAAAGUUGCACUCUCCAACUCAUUUGGUUUUGGUGGACACAACUCUUCUAUCUUAUUUGCACCCUACAAGUCAUGAAUACUACAGAAAUUUGUAUAGAUGUCAAAUUUGGAGAUUUGAAAACUCCAUUAUCAUUUGACAAGAUAUUGGCCAAAAUCCAUUAAUGUGAGGGCAAAUUUGUUUUCUGAUUGUUCUGCCAUUUUUAUCAAAAAUAAGAUCCUUUCAAUCUA